GGGAUGCCCUUUUCAAUGCUGGCAGAGACAGCCACCCUCCUGGACUCUUCCCUUCCAAUAAAUCUCUUGAAUGAGGUUUGGGCGCAACCUUUUUUUCUCUGAAGCUGAGCAGAGAAGUAACAAUUUUCAUCAGAGCCAGGAGCGGAGCAGAUCUAUGGUUUUUGAUCAUCCUGAGAAAAAUGAGCCCUGGCCUCCAGACCUAAUCAAGUAAACCUCUUUCCAAUGGAGAAUAGUGCUGGCUCCUGAGGACCUGGAGGGCCUGCAGCCCCAGAGGGAUUAGCCGGAAGCAGGCUUGGCUCCCGCUCAGAACGGUGGCCUUCCUGGCUCUAUCUUCCAUUAUGAUUCACACCAACCUGAAGAAAAAAUUCAGCUACAUCGUCCUGGUGUUUCUCCUGUUUGCAGUCAUCUGUGUGUGGAGGAAAGGGAGCUAUGAGGCUUUUAAGUUGCAAGCCAAGGAAUUUCAGGUGUCGAAACUGGCCAUGGGAUCUCGUUUCCAGUCUAUGUCUGCAAGCAGCAAACAAGACCCUAAGCAGGACAGUCACAUCCUCCGUCAUCUCAGGGGCACGGCCAACGUCAAAUCAUCACCUUCCUACCAGGUGUGGGACAAGGACUCCUCAGCCAAAAACCUGAACCCCAGGCUGCAAAAGAUCCUGAAGAAUUAUCUGAACAUGAACAAGUAUAAAGUGUCAUACAAGGGGCCAGGGCCCGGAGUCAAGCUCAGUGCAGAGGCCCUGCGCUGCCACCUUCGAGACCACGUGAAUGUAUCCAUGGUAGAGGCCACAGAUUUUCCCUUCAACACUAGUGAAUGGAAGGGUUACCUGCCCAAAGAGAACAUUCGGACCAAGGCUGGGCCGUGGCACAGGUGUGCCGUGGUCUCCUCCGCGGGAUCGCUGAAGUCCUCCCAGCUGGGCAAAGAGAUUGAUAAUCAUGAUGCAGUCCUGAGGUUUAAUGGGGCACCUAUAGCCAAUUUCCAACAGGAUGUGGGCACGAAAACCACCAUUCGCCUGAUGAAUUCUCAGUUAAUCACCACAGAAAAGCAGUUCCUGAAGAACAGCUUGUACAACGAAGGAAUCCUCAUUGUGUGGGACCCAUCUUUGUACCAUGCUGAUAUCCCAAGUUGGUAUAAGAAGCCAGACUACAAUUUCUUCGAAACGUAUAAGAAUUAUCGCAAGCUGUACCCCAACCAGCCCUUUUAUAUGCUCAGGCCUCAGAUGCCAUGGGAACUGUGGGACAUCAUGCAGGAAAUCUCUCCAGACUGGAUUCAACCAAACCCGCCAUCCUCCGGCAUGCUGGGUAUCAUGAUCAUGAUGACAUUGUGCGACCAGGUAGAUAUUUAUGAGUUCCUUCCAUCCAAGCGUAAGACCGACAUGUGCUACUACCACCAGAGCUUCUUCGACAGCGCCUGCACAAUGGGCGCCUACCACCCGCUCCUCUUUGAGAAGAACUUGGUGAAGCAUCUCAACGAGGGGACAGAUGAAGACAUUUAUUUGUUUGGGAAAGCCACGCUGUCUGGCUUCCGGAACAUUAACUGUUGAACACAUGUCUCUAGCCGGGCACUCUGAUUCUUCUUAGGCUGUUUAUAUGGCUGGUCUCCUGGUUACCCCUGCUUGGAGGAGCGGUUUGUUUGUUUGUUUUCCCCAACAGGCCCGAGCCUGCUUCUUGUACUCUAGGGAAUUUUGUUGGCAAGAACUCAUGGGCUUCCACAGCCUGAUGGCAAGGAGGCGGACCUGGUCUUCCCUGCAGCCACAGAGGAUAGGAGCUCAGAUUCCUGCCACACACAUUCCUCCUAGAUAGCACCCUCCUCCCCUUCAACACAGGCAGGGGAAAGAGCCACAUUUCUCAUCAGGCUUGUUAAAACCAGACUUUGUUUUUCCCAACUGAAUGAUGUCACCCUCACAAACCAUCACCCCCCAUACCCCACCCCCACCCUUGCCCCCGUGGCUUGAAAUCUCUACAUAGAUAGUGAUUUCACAUCUCUAAGAAACUCUCCCAGGCUUGGUUUGUGCCAGAUGCAGGGUGGUUCGGGGAAGUGAAAGCAAAUCAUUGGUACUGGAAUCAUGCUCAGUUACGCCAAAGCAAAAUCGUCCCCAAGGGCACUUCCCUAGGGACAGUGUCCUAUUGCCACCCUGUCUGGCUAGGCCAAUCCUUAAGCCAGGGUGCUUCGGAGCAAAGGCUCUCGAGUGUCCCCUUUUCCCUCUCCAUGUGGAGACCAAAGGUACAGAGACCUCCUGUCCCUGUCCUCAACCUGUUCACUGGUGAACAGAAGAGAUGACACCCAACAGGUAGCUAGAAUGCAAACAUUCCCUGUGCUCAGGGGCACUGGGCUUUGGAAAGGAGGGGCCUGCUGUCCUUAUGCCCAGGAGAAGCCAGAGCUGCCAUGUUCUCGUAGAGCCGUGACAUUGGGAAAGGGACACAUGCCAAACAAGCAGAUGUCACCCGAGUCAGAAGAGCUGUGUUGUUCUUUCUCCCGUUCUCAUUAUCUAAGGCCUGUUAGGACAUGGGAGCUAAGAUAUUGUUGUUAGGAAGCCCCUUACCCACUUCGGCAGCGAGUGCUGCCCCACAGUGGACACCAGGGGAGUCAGAAAGACCGGGGCUCUCUUUCUCUCUCUCUCUCUCUCUCUCUCUCUCUCUCUCUCUCUCAUAUAUAUAUAUAUAUAUAUAUAUAUAUAUUUUUUUUUUUUUUUUUUAAUGUCGACUCUCUAACCUUCUGCCACCCUUCCUGUCCUGUAAAGCAGUCUCCCCCUCCCGGAUUACUUUGAAUCAUUUUUCUGUUUGACAAUUAUCCUGACCCCCAACUUCUUUGACCUCAUGGGCCCUCCAUGGAAGGUCUCUCAGGGUGUGGGGACUACGUUUUCCAGGACUUUAGGUUAGCAUCUUAAUCAUACUUGAUUCUCACUAGGCGUGAGGUGUGUGGUUGACGAUCGUCCUGCGCUCCACCAGCUCCCAGCAAAGGAGUGGCAUUGGUCUCUGGGCAGGAAGUUUGACACGCAUACUCUUGCAACAAUUUUCUGACACCUGUCUACCUGGUGGGGAACCACAAUGGCCCACUCAGGCCCCCGUGUGGAGCGGCUCAGUGACCUGUUUAUGGCAAAUGAAAUAAAAUGAAUGUGAAUGAAGCAAGGUCACUAAGACACAGUCCACUGGCCUCCCAAGCCUGGCCCUGUGUGCUCACAGGGCUCCCGUGUUUGAGCUUCAGACCCACGGUCCUUGAACUCAGACGCCUGUUUACUGCUGACCCCUUGCCUUACGUAAGCAGACAGUAGGAACCCUCAAGUGAAAGGCCCUGGGUUUUCAGGUUGACCCCGAGUGACUCACUGUGCCACUUCACACAAAGUCUCUUCCUCGGGCCUUUGUUUCCAGAUCUGUACAAUGGGGGUGACAAUCCUACCUCACAGGGCCGUGUGGGGACCACAGGAAGGCUUGUGGCUGGACUGUGUCCACGGUGCAUAGGAAGUAGGUACCCUGCUGUCCCUUGCUGCAAGGGAGCAGGGCAGUGAAGAGGAACAUGGAGUCCAUUCUAUUGUGAGGCAACUGUCUCAUUUGCAACACCCAGGAGCCUGCCCCUCCUUGCUGUCCGCACCUCAGGUCUGUUUCCGCUCGAGUGUGCACCGGAGCGUUGGGCUGCUUGGCGGCUGUGUGGGGUGAGGCAAGGGCAUCCCUGGCUUCCUUGGGGUUCUGCUCUCACAUGCCCAUUCUAACUCAUGAGGACCGGGGGUGGAGUGCCCAGGAGGCUGAUAUCCUGUCAGCAGGAGGUACAUGUCGACGUGGGGUUGGAGACAACACUGGGUAGAUUCUAGUUUUUUUUAACUGUUCUUAAUGUGAGGGAAUAAAUUAAUUUAUGUGUAAUAUGAUUUUGGCAUCUGUAAAACUUUCUCUGUGCUCCGUAAAUGUGGAGGCCUGAGUAAAGUAGACCAUGGCGUGGAUGUGGGUGGUGGUGGAAGUUUGCUGAUAUGUUUAAUAUUUGAGACAGGCAGUUUCAAGAUGUGUGAUUUUGAGAGCCUCUGUCUCCCUGGGCAUUGACUUUAGUAGUCAUCUGUGCAUCCUAAGUCAUAGGACCCUUCUGCCAAUCAGAUCUGCUGUGGCUCUUGGUUCGGGGUAUGAGAGAGUAUCAGAGACUUUAACUGCAUUCCUGUUGAUUCUAAAUUAUCCAAAGAUCAUACACAUUUUAAAAUAAAUAUUUUUUUU